UUGUAGGGUGGGGGACGGUCGCUGAGCGACUCCGUCCGGGAGGGGGCGGGCGUGAGGCGCGCCAUCCGCCUGAGGGGCUGCAGACCCCGGCUCCCGCGAGCGCCGCGGCUGGCUCGGCUAUUCCAUGUGGCUCCGGCGGGGAUGGAGGACUCGGUGGCGGCGGCGGCGGCUGCUGCUGCGGCGGCGACGGAGGAGCGGCGCUGAGGAGGGAACGGGGCCAGACUCAGCCCGGCAGCGGGAUUAGAGUCCUUCAGAAUACACAUCAUAUAGCCCCUGACGUGGAAUGGUGAUGUCUCCAUGAGGGAACCUCCUCUCACUCAUCCUGUCAUGUAUAUCAUUCUGUUCUUGACUGGGCCAUUCAUCUAAGGUGGGAUUUACCCUGUGAAACAGGGAGAAGACUUAUGGACCCCAAACGUCAUUUCAAGUUGUAAUUGAGUUUUUUAAAGUACAGACAUAUAUGCAAAGCUCCUUUGCUUUGGACCCUUUGCUUUGUUAAAGCUGCUGUAUUGCUAAACCAGAACUGAUCAUCAUGGCUUCAGUUUGGAAGAGACUGCAGCGCGUGGGAAAACAUGCAUCCAAGUUCCAGUUUGUGGCCUCCUACCAGGAGCUCAUGGUUGAGUGUACCAAGAAAUGAUCUGCUCUUUUGAGAGAUGAAGCAAAUGUGAUAAACAUACCACAUUUGUAGCUUGAGAAAGGAUUUGCUCAGCUCCAUGGUGAUAUUGUCAAGGUGGAAAAAAUAUGUGCUGGAAACUGAAUAAUUUGUUAUUUUACAUUCAAAGGGACAUUUCUACAGCCUUACCACAAGGCAACCAGAUAAACUGGUGGUAGUUUGGACAAGAAGAAGCCGAAGGAAGUCUUCCAAGGCUCAUAGCUGGCAACCUGGAAUAAAAAAUCCAUACCGUGGGGUUGUAGUGUGGCCUGUUCCUGAAAACAUUGAAAUCACUGUGACGCUUUUUAAGGAUCCUCAUGCAGAGGAAUUUGAAGAUAAAGAGUGGACAUUUGUCAUAGAAAAUGAAUCUCCUUCUGGUCGAAGGAAAGCUCUGGCUACUAGCUGCAUCAACAUGAAACAGUAUGCAAGCCCUAUGCCAACUCAAACUGAUGUCAAGUUAAAAUUCAAGCCAUUGUCUAAAAAAGUUGUAUCUGCCACUCUCCAGUUUUCAUUAUCUUGCAUUUUCCUUCGGGAAGGAAAAGCCACGGAUGAAGACAUGCAAAGUUUGGCUAGUUUGAUGAGUAUGAAGCAGGCUGACAUUGGCAAUUUAGAUGACUUUGAGGAAGAUAAUGAAGAAGAUGAUGAGAACCGAGUGAACCAAGAGGAAAAGGCAGCAAAAAUUACAGAAAUUGUAAACCAAUUGAAUGCUCUGAGCAGCUUAGAUGAAGAUCAAGAUGACUGCAUAAAGCAAGCAAAUAUGCCUUCAGCUAAAUCAGCCAGUUCCUCUGAAGAGCUUAUCAACAAGCUUAACUUUUUGGAUGAAGCAGAAAAGGACUUGGCCACUGUGAAUUUAAAUCCAUUUGGUGAAACUGAUGUAGCAGAAUUAAAUCCAUUUGGAGAUCCUGACUCAGAAGAACCAAUUACUGAAACAACUAUACCUAAAAAACCGGAAGAAUCUUUUUAUAAUAACAGCUAUCAUCCCUUUAAAGAGGUACAGACGCCACAGUAUUUGAACCCAUUCGAUGAGCCAGAAACCUUUGUAACUAUAAAGGAUUCUCCUCCCCAGUCUACUAAAAGAAAAAAUAUAAGACCUGUGGACAUGAGCAAGUACCUCUAUGCUGAUAGUUCUAAAACGGAAGAAGAAGAGUUGGAUGAGUCAAAUCCUUUUUAUGAACCUAAACCAACUCCUCCUCCAAAUAAUUUGGUAAACCCAAUUCAAGAACUGGAGACUGAAAGAAGAGUGAAAAGAAAAGCCCCAGCCCCACCAGCCAUCUCACCAAAGACAGGAGGAGUGAAUGAAAACACAGCUGUUUCUGCAGGAAGAGAUCUCUCUACUUCUCCUAAGCCGAGCCCUAUACCAAGUCCUGUUUUGGGACGAAAGCCAAAUGCUAGUCAGUCAUUGCUUGUAUGGUGCAAAGAAGUUACAAAAAACUACCGGGGAGUGAAAAUCACCAAUUUUACUACAUCGUGGAGAAAUGGUUUAUCUUUUUGUGCAAUAUUACACCACUUUAGACCAGAUUUAAUUGACUACAAGUCUCUGAAUCCUCAAGAUAUUAAAGAGAACAACAAAAAGGCAUAUGAUGGAUUUGCCAGCAUAGGAAUUUCCCGGUUGUUGGAACCUUCUGAUAUGGUUUUAUUAGCAAUUCCUGACAAACUGACUGUUAUGACUUAUCUCUAUCAAAUAAGGGCACAUUUCAGUGGCCAAGAACUAAAUGUUGUUCAGAUAGAGGAAAACAGCAGUAAAAGCACAUAUAAAGUUGGAAACUAUGAAACAGAUACGAACAGUUCUGUUGAUCAGGAAAAAUUCUAUGCAGAGCUUAGUGAUCUGAAGCGGGAACCUGAACUACAGCAGCCCACCAGCGGAGUGGUAGACUUCUUAUCCCAAGACGACUCUGUAUUUGUAAAUGAUAGUGGUGUUGGAGAGUCAGAAAGUGAACAUCAGACUCCUGAUGAUCAUCUUAGUCCAAGUACAGUCUCCCCUUACUGUCGCAGGACUAAAAGUGACACAGAACCCCAAAAGUCCCAGCAGAGCUCUGGAAGGACUUCAGGAUCUGAUGACCCCGGAAUAUGUUACAAUACAGAUUCAACCCAUGCACAAGUUUUGUUAGGCAAGAAGAGACUAUUGAAAGCUGAGCCUUUAGAAUUGAGUGACUUAUAUGUUAGUGAUAAGAAGAUGGAUAUGUCUCCACCCUUUGUUUGUGAGGAGGCAGAUGAGCAAAAGCUUCACACUCUAGAUAUCACCAGUAACUUGGAGCAAGAAAAGUUAGAGAAUUCCAGACCCGUAGAAUGCAGAUCAGAUCCUGAAUCACCUAUCAAAAAAACAAGUUUGUCUCCCACUUCUAAACUUGGAUACUCGUACAGUAGAGAUGCAGACCUCGCGAAGAAAAAACGUACUUCCCUGAGGCAGACAGAGUCUGAUCCAGAUGCUGAUAGAACCACUUUAAAUCAUGCAGAUCAUUCCACAAAAACAGUCCAGCAUCGAAUGUUAUCCAGACAAGAAGAACUUAAAGAAAGAGCAAGAGUUCUGCUUGAGCAAGCAAGAAGAGAUGCAGCUUUAAAAGCAGGAAAUAAGCAGAACACCAACGCAACCACACCACUCUGCAACAGGCAGCUAAGUGAUCAGCAAGAUGAAGAGCGACGUCGGCAGCUGAGAGAGAGAGCUCGUCAGCUAAUAGCAGAAGCUCGAUCUGGAGUGAAGAUGUCAGAACUUCCCAGCUAUGGUGAAAUGGCUGCAGAAAAGUUGAAAGAAAGGGCAAAGGCAUCUGGAGAUGAAAAUGAUAAUAUUGAGAUAGAUACUAACGAGGAGAUUCCUGAAGGCUUUGUUGUAGGAGGUGGAGAUGACCUUACUAACUUAGAAAAUGACCUUGAUACUCCCGAACAAAACACUAAGUUGGUGGACUUGAAGCUGAAGAAGCUCCUAGAAGCUCAGCCACAGGUGGGAAAUUCACUCUCCAGUUCUGCUCAGAAGGUUAUAACUGAGAGCUCAGAGCAAGAUAGUAAGAAUGGCACAGAAGACCUCCGGACUGAGCGACUACAAAAGGCACCAGAACGGUUUAGAAAUCCAGUUGUGUUCAGCAAGGAUUCUACAGUCAGAAAAACUCAACUUCAGUCUUUCAGUCAAUAUGUUGAGAAUAGACCAGAGAUGAAAAGGCAGAGAUCAAUACAGGAAGAUACAAAGAAAGGAAAUGAGGAGAAGGCAGCGAUAACUGAAACUCAGAGGAAGCCAUCAGAAGAUGAAGUGCUUAAUAAAGGGUUCAAAGACACCAGUCAGUAUGUUGUAGGAGAAUUGGCAGCACUAGAGAAUGAGCAAAAGCAAAUUGACACCCGUGCCGCGCUGGUGGAGAAGCGCCUUCGCUAUCUCAUGGACACAGGAAGGAACACAGAAGAAGAAGAAGCUAUGAUGCAGGAAUGGUUUAUGUUAGUUAAUAAGAAAAAUGCCUUAAUAAGGAGAAUGAACCAGCUGUCUCUUCUGGAAAAAGAACAUGAUUUAGAACGCCGGUAUGAACUGCUGAAUCGGGAAUUGCGGGCAAUGCUGGCCAUUGAAGACUGGCAGAAGACCGAGGCCCAGAAGCGACGCGAGCAACUCCUGCUGGAUGAGCUGGUGGCCCUCGUGAACAAGCGCGACGCGCUAGUCAGGGACCUGGACGCUCAGGAGAAGCAGGCCGAAGAAGAAGAUGAGCAUUUGGAGCGAACUCUGGAGCAAAACAAAGGCAAGAUGGCCAAGAAAGAAGAGAAAUGUGUUCUUCAAUAACAGCCGGACCAGAAUCUUUCCCAACAUUUUAGUCUUGGGUCCCCAGACCAGAAAAAGUCAGACUCGUUGUUGAUUUAAAACUUUAACAUUUUGUUUGGCUGGAUUGUACUUCUUUACUACUACCCCCACCCCUUUUCUUCCCUCCUUUCCAGAUAAUAUACAGAACUCCAAAAUAGCUUUGUUUAAGGAUUUUUUGUGUAUGUGAGUUAAUCAUUUCCUUGAAAUCAUGUGAAAUAGAUUUGCACAGAUACCUUGUGAGUGAUUGGUAUUGGGAGUGUUCAAGAAACUGUUCAGAGAAGAAAGAAAAGAAAACCCUUCCCGCAUUAUGUUCCCUCCUUUUCUGAUGGGAGGAAAAUUUGAAAACAUUGUUGUUGUUGUUGUUGUUGUUAAUAGCAUAAUGAUGGUGGGAGGGGGGGUAAAAGAGGGAUAAGAAAAAUGUCAUGAAUGAUUUUUUUCCAGUCCUGCCAUAUCUAACACUGACUCUGUUACCUAAAUUUUAUAGUUAGAUCAUAUUCAAUCUGCUUAUUAAACUGUGUUCUAUUUA